GAGCGGGCUGGGGGGAGAGAGCCCGAGAGCAGGGUUCAGUGCCUUUUCCUCUGUCCCCAGCCGGUGCCCGGAGCCCCCCUCCCCUUCCUCCCCACCCCCUCCCCUCCCCAGCCCUGCCCUCCCCCUUGUCCCGGGAUCGCUCCGUCGCACCCACCAUGAUGGAAGACGACGGGCAGCCCCGGACUCUAUACGUAGGUAACCUCUCCAGAGAUGUGACAGAAGUCCUUAUACUUCAGUUAUUCAGUCAGAUUGGACCCUGUAAAAGCUGUAAAAUGAUAACAGAGCAACCCGAUAGCAGAAGGGUCAACUCUUCUGUUGGAUUUUCUGUUUUGCAGCAUACAAGCAAUGACCCAUAUUGCUUUGUGGAAUUUUAUGAACACAGAGAUGCAGCUGCUGCAUUAGCUGCUAUGAAUGGGAGAAAAAUUUUGGGAAAGGAGGUCAAAGUAAACUGGGCAACAACACCAAGUAGCCAGAAAAAAGAUACUUCCAAUCACUUCCAUGUGUUUGUUGGGGAUUUGAGUCCAGAAAUUACAACAGAAGAUAUUAAAUCAGCAUUUGCCCCCUUUGGUAAAAUAUCGGAUGCCCGAGUAGUUAAAGACAUGGCAACUGGAAAAUCCAAAGGCUAUGGUUUUGUAUCUUUUUAUAACAAACUGGAUGCAGAAAAUGCAAUUGUGCAUAUGGGAGGUCAGUGGUUGGGUGGUCGCCAAAUCAGAACCAAUUGGGCCACACGUAAACCACCUGCACCUAAAAGUACACAGGAAAAUAACACUAAGCAGUUGAGAUUUGAAGAUGUAGUAAACCAGUCAAGUCCAAAAAAUUGUACUGUGUACUGUGGAGGAAUUGCUUCUGGAUUAACAGAUCAGCUAAUGAGACAGACAUUCUCACCAUUUGGACAAAUUAUGGAAAUAAGAGUUUUUCCAGAGAAGGGCUAUUCAUUUGUCAGAUUUUCAACCCAUGAAAGUGCGGCCCAUGCCAUUGUUUCGGUGAAUGGUACUACAAUUGAAGGGCAUGUUGUUAAAUGCUAUUGGGGUAAAGAAUCUCCUGAUAUGACUAAAAACUUCCAACAGGUCGACUAUAGUCAGUGGGGCCAGUGGAGCCAAGUUUAUGGAAACCCACAACAGUAUGGACAGUAUAUGGCAAAUGGGUGGCAAGUGCCGCCUUAUGGAGUAUACGGGCAACCAUGGAAUCAACAAGGAUUUGGAGUAGAUCAAUCACCUUCUGCUGCUUGGAUGGGUGGAUUUGGUGCUCAGCCUCCACAAGGACAAGCUCCUCCCCCUGUAAUACCUCCUCCUAACCAAGCUGGCUAUGGUAUGGCAAGUUACCAAACACAGUGAGCUGGGACUCUAAACAAAAUUGUAAUUCAUGAUAGCUUCAGUUUCCUGUGACACUCUGAAGACAUGAAAGUAGACAUCGGAAAAUGAAAAUAUUUAUUUUAAAAAUUGAAAUGUUUGGAACCUUUAGCACAGCUUUGCUUUGGUGAAGGACACAUGUCUUCUAGUUCUGCCUUUUUAAGUUUUUGUUCAUGAUGGAUAUGAACAUGAUUUUUCUUUGUGUACAAAAACUAAAAUAAAGUCAAUAAAGACAAUUCUGACUACAAAUUUUGAUAUAAUAGGAGAAAUGGGUAAUACAUUUUGAUUCUUAGAUACUAUUCCAUUUUUAUCUUGCUGUUCAGUAUUUUAACUCACUGUGUUUUUAAAAGAGCAAAAAAGGGAGGAUCGUGAAAAACUGGGAAUCACAUAUAAGUUCAUCCUGAACCUUGAUACUCCCUUCCCCUACCCUGAGGUGGACCACAUUUGAAGUCAGCAGGAAAAAAUGUGAUAUUGAGAAGAAGUACAUGAUUUUGGAGUCGCUUUGGAGGAAAUACUUUCUCUAUGACUAAAGAAACUGAAGCCAGACUGAUAAAGAAAUUUUGCAACCUAAAUAAGGAACAGCAUUGUCUGAGUUAACUUGAGCGAAUGUUGGUGGUCCACAUUAAGACAUAUUUUUAAAACUUUAAAAAGUGUUGAUUAUUAAAACUGUAGUAAAUUACAUUUCAUUUGGGGGGGAAAAUUCCAAGUAUGGUGUUUGUAUUAAAGUCAGACAGUCAUACUUGUGCUUUUACAUGAAGUUUAAAUGAUAUGCAUUGUAAAUAUUGAAUAACACAGUGUUUAAAAAGCAUGCUUCAACAUAGAAGUAGCAAGCAAUGUAAUUAUUUGAAGUAACACUUAACACACUCCACUGCAUUGAAUGCAAUGGAUUGAUAAGAAUGUUUAAGACUGACAUUUCCAAGGUUGGCUACUAUGUAAAAUUAAAAUUAUACAAAUUACUAUACAGAAAAAGCCUUAAUUUUAAUUUCAUAUAAAUCUUUGAUGCAUUAGCACAUUUUAAAAUGUCACUGGAAUUAAAUUUUUUUUUGUUGUUGCUUUGCAUCACUUGGUAUGUAAAUACCUUAAUUAAAACCUUGUAAACCUAUUUCAAGGUUCCUAUAAGUUGUAUAGUACAGUGUUUUUAAAAAAUCUUGGGGUGUUUUUUAAAAUUAGAUAUAUUUUGCCCAAGAAUUUUUUUAAUAAGAUUGCUAAAACAUCUUAUUUAGACAGUUUGUUGUACCAAUUUAUAAUUGGAUAUUCAGCUUAAAUAGUACACAGAGUUGUGACUUUGAUUUUUAAUUCAUUUUUUCCCCUGUGGGUAGUGUGCAUGGGAUGACCAGCCUGAGCAGAGGCUGAGUUGUAUGUGUGGAGUUUGUAAAUGAAUCGAUGGGGUAGAUGUCAAGAUUGAAGUUUGCUUCUGAGGUAUUUUUCAGACUACGUGGAUAAAAUCUGCCUCAAAUUUCUGUCAUAACAGGAAUGUAAAAGAGAUAAAAUCUUAUGUAUUUGAAUUCUGACAGCUAGGGGGUGCAAAUGUUUAGGCAAUGUAUUUGAAGUGUUUUGAGGCCUGGGCACCAAACUGAGAAAACCCUUUACAGUUAAGUAGUAAGAUGCAACUAGCACCCACAAAUUACUAUUUUUUAAACUUUUGAAGUCUUAGAAUUAGCUUUAAAAUAAUGAUGGUUUUAUAAAUUGGUGACCACAAUAAUUUUGGUGUUAUUUUCCUUCUUUCCCCAUUUAGAAAUAUAGACAAAUAUAUUAAACAUGAAAAUUCACAGAGUCUGAAGUUCUUCAUCUUUGGGCCAGAUUUUUUAUGGCACUUUAGUUUUAACCACAGUAGUCAUCUAUUAUACUCUUCUGUUAUAAAAUUUACCCUUAUUUCUUUUGUUCAUGGUUAGUGUCUUUGGGGGACGUUAUGGAAAAGUUACUUUAUAUUUUUUAAGGAGAACACUCAAAUUAUAUCAAUUAUGCCUCGUAGUUAAAAAUUUCUUGAAUAUACGUGAAACUUGAACAGCUAAAGACUUUUUUUUAUAUAUAUUGAUAAAAGCCUAUUAAAUUCUCAGUUUGCCUUUUUUGGUCUGCCAGUAAAUUAAAUACCUUAUUGCGAUAACAGCUAAAUACAGCUGCAGUGUUUCCUGGUUGUAUAUUCUGUGAUUUAAUAAAAUUAUCCAGAUUA